AUGAGUUACAAGACUAUAAUACAAGACUUCUUCCACAGACUGAGAGACGAGGACCGCGCGAGGGCCGCGUGCCUGGACGCCAUCGGGCGGCUGCUGCGGGGUCACGGUAAAACGCUGGCCGACUACGGGUUGCCGAAUCCGGACGUCGCGCUGCUCGAAGAGGACGCGGGCGGAGACGUCUACGCCUUCGUCGACGCACUGGUGCGUUGGACCCUGCAGUUGGACAACCUCAACGACGAACAGCGGGUGGUUUACGACCGCGUGAUGGCGGCCGUCGACGACAACCGCGACGUCCCGAAAAUGUUCUACGUCGACGGGCCCGGAGGUACGGGAAAAACGACGCUUUACGGCUGCCUAAUAUGGUCGCUCCGCAACAUGGGCAGAUCCGUGUUGUCCGUGGCGUUCACGGGAAUAGCGGCGACGCUCAUGGACGGUGGUAUGACCGUUCACUCGACGUUCGGUUUGCCCUUCGGUACGCUCAACGAAGAUUCUAUUACGUCGUCCAUCGCCAUGCAGUCUCUGCGCGCGCGUAGGAUACGGGAGGCGGCACUCAUCGUCUGGGACGAAGCGCCCAUGUCUCCGGGGCUCCAACUGACGGUGGUCGACCGGUUGCUGAAGGACAUAAUGCAAUCGGAACUACCGUUCGGUGGUAAGACGGUUCUAUUCGCGGGUGACUUCAGACAGAUACUGCCGGUGGUCCGCAGGGGGACGAGGGCCGCGAUCGUGGCAGCUUCAAUCAGGCACCACCAUCUGUGGGACGUCUUCGAGCGUUUCAGCCUGACGCAGAACAUGCGGGCCAACAACGACGCGGACUUUGCCGCCUGA